CUACUGGUCCUCCGAGACCACUUGGCUUUUCCCGCCCUUCACUGGCCUCUGGAGGAGAGUCAGAGUUCACGCCCCUCUCUGGGGAAUACCUGCUCGAAGACAGAGGAGGCGGGGACUAGUAGGUGGCGGACGUCCUUCUGGCCCAGAAUCUUAAGGGGCAAAGGACAUACUCUGGGACUAUUAACUCCACCGAGAGCUAGGAGGCGGGAAGAGGUGUGUGGGCGGGGUCAGAGGUGAAAGGUCAUAGGCCUGCGAAGGGGGCGGAGCAAGCCGGAGGCGGAUGGCGGCUGCCGCGGCUGUUCAUCUUUGGCGGCAGAGUCACUGAAACGGGGACGCUGGUCCGACGCGUCCGGCACUGGGAGAAGAGCGGCGGCCGCUCCCAACAUGCACAGCCUGGCGACGGCUGCGCCGGUGCCUACUGCAUUGGCUCAGGUAGAUAGAGAAAAAAUCUAUCAGUGGAUCAAUGAGCUGUCCAGUCCUGAGACAAGGGAAAAUGCUUUGCUGGAGCUGAGUAAGAAGCGAGAAUCUGUCCCUGAUCUUGCACCCAUGCUGUGGCAUUCAUUUGGUACUAUUGCAGCACUUUUACAGGAAAUUGUAAAUAUUUAUCCAUCUAUCAACCCCCCCACCUUGACAGCACACCAAUCUAAUAGAGUUUGCAAUGCUCUGGCUUUGCUGCAAUGUGUGGCGUCACACCCAGAAACCAGGUCAGCAUUUCUUGCAGCACACAUCCCACUUUUUUUGUACCCCUUUUUGCACACUGUCAGCAAAACGCGGCCCUUUGAGUAUCUUCGGCUAACCAGUCUUGGAGUUAUUGGGGCCCUAGUGAAAACGGAUGAGCAGGAAGUAAUCAACUUUUUAUUGACAACAGAAAUUAUCCCUUUGUGUUUGCGCAUUAUGGAAUCUGGAAGUGAACUUUCUAAAACGGUUGCCACAUUCAUCCUCCAGAAGAUCCUCUUAGAUGACACAGGUUUGGCAUAUAUAUGUCAGACAUACGAGCGUUUCUCCCACGUUGCCAUGAUCUUGGGUAAGAUGGUCCUGCAGCUAUCCAAAGAGCCUUCCGCCCGUCUGCUGAAGCACGUAGUGAGGUGUUACCUUCGACUCUCAGAUAAUCCCAGGAAUGGGGAUAACUCGAUUUAAUGUGAACGCAGCCUUCUGCCACUGAGGUUAUUCAAGCCCUAGCUAUUUCUUCAACCAUUUUGUCCUGUUCUUCAGUGGUUCCUGUUUUCAUCAGUUUGAAAAUAUAUUUCUUUAAACUAGUCUGAGUACAAAAGCUGUAACUUUAUUUAAAACAGCUUUAUAAACCAUUAACAUUUACCGUUUUGAGGUUUUCAGAUUUGACUUUCCACUGGUCAUCUUUUAAAGAAAGAACUUAUUCUUUUAAAGAACUGUGGGGAGGAAUGGGAGGCAGGAGAAGGGUAAAGCCAAAGCCAACUUUCAAAUGAACAUUUGAAAGUUCACUUGAUAAUGUUGCUACCAUAGUUUUGUUUUUACUUCUCAUCUCUUACUAAGAAUUUUAACUAUAAAACUGAAGCAGGAGCGUCUGGUGGACUCAGUCAGUAGAGCAUGUGACUUGAUUUCAGAGUCAUGUGUUUGAGCCUCACGUCGGGCAUAGAGCUUACUUUAAAAAAAAAAAAAGGAAAUAAAAAAACUGAGGUAGUUUUUGGAAAGAUUCAAAUUUAUAUUAAUUUAGAAUUAAAGUUCACUAAUUUAUCAUACUGUGAGUCAGGUUGUCUUUCCCUGUUCAUGUACUGAUUUUGGAAAUGUUCCGUUUACUAUAACCCAUCUAUUUUUACCAUGAGCAUAUUGACAGUAUUGACUGUAAUAAAUCAGAAAGCAGUUUGAAUUCAACUAUUGCACCAUUUCAUUCCAUUUUGCGGUGUCUUGGAAUUCCACAUUGAGACAUCGUCCUGAAAAUGUUCACAGAUGACAGAUCAUGGAGAUCUCUGAGCCCAUGCCUAAGACAAGUUUUAAAGAAUUGUUAUGGAUUCUUAAGAUAACUUGACUGAACCUCAUAUUCCCGGGAUUCUGUAUAUUUAUGUCUAAGAAAGGGCCUUUUCCCUGUCUCCCAAAUGUGGGUUUAUUUGCUGGUCUCCCCGGUUGGCUUGUUUGUCUCUGACGUAGGGCACGUGAAGCGCUCAGGCAGUGCCUCCCUGACCAGCUGAAGGACACGACCUUCGCCCAGGUGCUAAAAGAUGACACCACCACGAAACGCUGGCUUGCACAACUGGUGAAGAACCUGCAAGAGGGCCAGGUCACCGAUCCCCGGGGGAUCCCCCUGCCCCCUCAGUGAUCCUCCCCUGCCCCUUUCUACCACUCCCCCGAGUUGGGGGAGGGAGGGGAAAUCCUCGAGGAAAACAGCUCAGGUUUUACCGCCGACCAGGAAUAGACAACCUCAAUGCUGAAGUGCACUGGAGAACAGGGGCAAGGUCGCCCCGCUGGGGUGAACGGGCUGCCUCUGGGACCUGGGCUCCCUCCGCUCCUCCCAGGAGAUGGGCUCCUGACACAGCAGCCUGCCACCACAGCUCCAGGAGGGUGUCCACACCAGCAAAUGCUGUGUUUGCAGCGUGCCUGCGAUGGCCCUUCUCCCCAACCCGGACCACCUGCGGGCAGGGCGGGGCCGUGGCUGUGGCUGUGGCCGUGGCCGUGACCGUGGUAGCACGCGAGGCAUGCGCAACACCUGGGACCAAGCCGGGUGGCGGUCUUUUAUUUUGCCUUCCUGGAAGACUCAAGACGUGUCUCUUCGUCCUCUCUCUCAGUAUUUGUUUACUUGGGUCUUUUGUUUUUGAUGUCAGAGAGAGGUGUGUUUAGUGGACACCAGCUGUAAUACUCAGCAAAACUUUGUCAAUUGGCACUGUUUACAAGUCUGUUAGCUGCAUAAGCUUAAUAAAAAGUUGGUCUGGGCAUUGCAUCCCCUCUAGCAGGCCAGUAGCUGCAUGAACUGUGGGGAGGAAUGGGAGGCAGGGGAAGGGUAAAGCCAAAGGAUGACAGGACCCUGCUGCCUCUCUCCCUUCCCUUUCCGUCCUUCUGCCCCCAGUUCUGGAUGCCACAAGGACCCUCACCUUGUUUCUGGCUCUAGCUGCUAGCUCUGCCAAAUCUCAAUGCUUUUCCCUUUUUCACGUCCCUCUUAUUAAACUUCAACAGACGUCUUAUUAAUUCAUCAGGCUGUCCUGGAAGGGUAUUGUAUUGGGGGAGGUAAGGCGGCAUGGACUUCACCUUCAAUUCCAGUCCUCACAUUUUCUGGAUGACUUUUAAAGGUGCCUGGGAUCAAGAUGACAGGCUACUUGAUCCCAUUCUUUAGUAUGAAUUUCCGCAGCGCCAUCUGUGUUCACGAUUGUACUGGAAGUGGUAUUAGCUGAAUGAGUUUGUUUUAUUCAGAUUUAAGAUAGAGGGUUUGACUCUGCUUCUUUGCUGUCUCUUUUUUUUUUUUUUUUUUUUGACACAUUCCCUAUUGGUCUAUGGGAAUUACAGGGUAGCCACUAAAAUACUUCCACUUGUUCAUAUUGAGUCAGUGAAUCCCCUGCCUUCUUUGGCACUAUCCAGAGACUCGAAUCUGUAACACAGUGUAAACUGCCUUGCUUUCCCCCAAUCCUUCCCCCUGCCAACACCUGCUCGCUCUCUCUCUCAUCCCCAUCUCCAAAGAUGGGAUUAUUAAUCCAAUGCUAGAGAGAGACAGAGUUUCCUGUCCACAUCUCACAUAAAUGAAGGUAUCUCCGAGCAAGUCUGGGGAGGCUCUGUCUGUAAGGAGCAAGCUCAGAGAAACCUUCGCAGAGGCAAAUUUGCCAACCAAGGGCUCUUUCAAGCCGACUUUCACAAAGGGGGCCGGCAUUGUUGGCUUCUAUCUCUAGAGCCGAGAAAAUAGUAAUGAAGUAGCCUAGAUGUAGGAAGGGUAGAAUAAAGCACUUACUCCCCUGCCUUCAUCCUCAAGAUGAAGAGGAGAACCAGGUGAGCUCUCAGUCUCAAGCCUGAAGAGAAGAGGUCUUGGAGAAAGCAGAGAACAGCAUGGACUGGAUAGGCGUCUGGACUUCCCUCAGCCCGUAGUUUUGUGAUCUGGAGAGUCCAGCUGAGGGGUCUCUGAUUUCUGCCCACUGCCUUCCUGCUGAGCCGAAGUUUUCUCAUUCCCCCUCCGCUGGGGAAGCAGCUGAGACCCAGGGCCUUGCUCCCUGGGGAAUUCUCUUCUCCAUCUUUUGGUGCGCUGGCCACGUCACUGUGCCAAUAGUGUCUUAAUUCCUGUUCCAUCUAUUCUCAGCUGUCCUUGGACCCCACCUAGGAGUUGGGGGAGGGAUGAAAAUGGGUAUUAUUCCUUGUAGUUGAUCCUGAUGUCAUGUGUGUAUAAAGAGACCCCUCCCUUCAUUUUUUUGUUUUCCAUCCCUCUCACUCCCUAACAGGAUUGAAAUAAAACCUGUUUCUGUUUUUAUAAAAACAAUUUUUCCUUUAAA